UUUUCCGACAUUCCUAGUGUUCAUUUGUUUAGUUUUUUGGAGUCAUUAAAUUUUUACAGAAGUCAUGAAAGAAAAGGCCACUAUUGAAAAAGUAUAUGCGCGUAAGCGUACCGCAUCGAUGCCAACAUUGCUGAAUUUCCAAAAUGGCCAAUUGGCUGCUGUCAGCAAGCACGCUACCCAAUUUUGUCGGCUAUUGCAAAAAAGUGGUAAAUCACCAGUAAAAGUCGCAAUGGUCACUGCCAAGGACCAAAUCUAUCAUGGUGUCGUUGAUGGCGGAGAAGCACCUGCACUCACAGAUACUUACAUCUGCGUGCGCAAUAAAAUUACAAACAAAGUGCGCAUUAUACCCAUAGAGCAGGCUACACUUAGCAAUCACAUUUACAACACCCUUGAACAAAAGCCUCUACCAACCUUGACAGCUGAGCAUACUAAAGCGGUCCUAAUGAAACAAUUUGGCGGUCGAAAAGCAGCGCGUUUUGCUGCUAAUCAAGAAACUAAUAAGAUUAACGUCGAUGUGCUUAGAAAUGAUUUGGAAAAUACUGUACGCGAGACCGAUUUAAAUGGCCAAGUUGAGGAAAAGCCAAACACGGAGCAUAAUUUCGAUAUUUUGCGUCCAAAAUUCAAUAAAGAUGCAAAGAAAUUGGAAGAAGUUUAUAAUGUGCACGAUAUUGUGCCCGGUGAACUGCUAGAUCGACUGGAUGAAGAGUCGAAAGUAGUAUAUUCUACGCCCGUGGACAAAUUGCCCUUACAAUCAGAGUUCUUAUGCAAAUGCGUUAAACAGAUACAAGAUAGCACUCCUACACCAGAGGGAUUUUUAAAUUUGAAAUUAAUUAUCUACAUGGAUUGUUUGCUGAGUUUGCUUAAAACUCGUGCACGUUCACUGAAAUCCGUCGAACUUUCCGGUAUAACAGAAAAAGCAGAGAAUGAUGUUCGCACACGUUUUUCUGAUCCUAAUUCCAAACCUUUUUCUCGCACCCCACACACUUCUGAAAAGGCCUUGUGUUAUUUCAUAGUAAUGGCUACUAUUAUCAGCGAAAACUUCAGUGUGGAUUUAAAUGUGCUGUCGCAAGAGCUAGGCGUUUCAAAGCAAAAAUUGCUGAAGUUCGCCCACAUUGUGAAUGUUUGUCGAGCACCAAAAACAGAUCUGCUGACUUUGAGAUUACCUAGCAAAGUUACAACUUUACCAGGAAGUUUAAGUAGAAAGUCGAGAAAGUGAUCUGCCACAAACAUAAGUGUA